CUCAGUAUUAUUACUGGAAUGUCAGUUUGGAAUGAAAAGGACCAAUCCCCAUUUGAGAUAUGGUUUGACGACCUGCUAGACAAAAUAUUUUCAGUUCGCUAGUUCCCACCUCGGAGCGUAGGAGUAGAGUUAUAUCUUCGUUGUACUUCAUACUCGACAAAAUUUUCCAAACAGAUAACUGAGUAUUAGUAAGGUCUAACAGAAGUCUUCGUCAUGGAAGUUGAAGAAGGAACGGCUAAGGGAGCAGGGAUAUGUGGUAUCAUCUUGGUGUUUUGUGGUGUCGCGAGCACGAUUUCAGGAUUCGUUUGGGUCUCAAUUCAUGGUUUCGGAGGCUAUGGCAUAUGGUCUGGCAUCGGUCUUGUGAUUGCCGGGAUUUUGGGCAUCGUCACCUGGUGGAAACGCAACAAAGGAGUGUUGAUUGGCUUCCUUGUCAUCACUAUCAUCAUGGUUAUUGUUGCGUCCUCUCAGGCUAUAACCUCAGGAGUGUCGUAUGGUUUGUUCAAAGCGUUUGUAGGACAUCAGUGUUACGAUUCUGGGAGCAGUUGCAUCUGUGGAAGUGAGAGAUAUGAUAGGUCAUUCUGUGGCAACUGGAACRACCUUAUGAAUGCACUUCUCACCAUCACCAUCUUCAAUGUCGUUGGUGCCGUCGUCAGCUUGGCUGGAUCGAUCUUCGGCUGCAUGGGAACUUGUUGUGCAACAACUCAGAGGCAGCCCGGCACCGUGAUGGUCCAACAACCUGUAUUCGUGACAACAACUACACAGCCUGGCUACGUUGCCCAACAACCUGGCUACGUACAACAACAGCCUGGCUACGUACAACAACAGCCUGGCUACGUACAACAACAGCCUGGCUACGUACAACAACAACCCGGGUAUGCUCCUCAGCCCGCAGCUGCCUAUCCUCCACAAGCUGGUGGUGCUCCACCGCAAUACACAAAAAAAUAUUAAGCAAUGACUAGUGUGCUUUAACAAACAGGGAGCCCAAGCUCGCCAUAAAUAAAAACACACUAUAGUCUAGUUAGCGGUAGGAAUAAUCGCGUGUUAACCUAGCUUUUUGCGUAAAAUGUAGUAAUGAUAAUUYGUAUCUUAGGCCGGGGCCGGACAUUGAUUAGAGAGAGGGGGAGGGCUGGUGCAUUUAACUUUCGAUCCGCAUGUUAUUAAAAAUCCUUAGUUCCUCUUUCCUGUUGCUAUCAUCAGUUUGAUAGACCCCUAAAUUUUGUUUGAAAAAUUUGCAUAGCCCUCUCCAACCCAUAAAUUAUGAACGGUCCCCAUGAAGCUUGCUUUUUGUUAAACCUAAGAACAUUGGUAUGUUAAUUCAAUAACAAUAAACUUGGAUUUUCAACUA